GAGGUUCAAGGGCACUGACGGCUCCAGUAAACAGAUGCUGCUGGGUACCAUAUUACACGACGUCUUCCAGGCGGCCACAACUACCUCAUUCAGCGCUGGCUUCCUGAAGCAGAUCUCCCAGCAGGCAUUGCAGAAGCAGAGGCACCUUCGGGACAUGUUCAGCCUGAGCCUGACCCAGACCCAGCUGCAGGAGGAGAUAGCGGAGUACCUGCCCGUGAUGCGCAGCUGGGCCGACAGGUUCUACGGGACACGGGGAGCGGAGAUGGAGGUGAAGCUGCCGGGAACAACGUACCGUAACCGUGGCGAUGAACGGAGCACCGUGGCCGUCAGCUCUGUCAGGGAUAUUGAGGAGAAUGUGUGGGCUCCAAGAUUAGUCACUCGUGACGUUUUUGAUCAAGGGCACAAGAGAUGA